AAAUAAAAGUUCGGAUUCAAAUUAGUAUCCGGCAUAGUGUGGACGGGGCCUUAGUCGAAUCCUUUUAGCAAAUCAUAUGCCGACCCUAACACAGUGUUGUCACUUCCGGGACGAGACUGUUUAUAACUGGUACUUUAGAUACAUAAAUAUUCAAGCCAAGCUCAGUUGAAAGCAGUCUUUCACUUUGUUCAGACUGAGAAAGCACUUCGUCGAAGCCAAGGGAAUGUACUAGCUCGACAAGAUGAAAGCGCUUUUUUUUUUGGUGCUGAUGUUGGUCAUUGGAAUCGGCUUGGCUAAAAAUCCAGGGAUUCGUAUUCGCUUGACAGACAACGGCCUUGCUUAUGUAUGAAGGUGAACAGCUUCUCCAUUCCAACACUGACGCUGAAGACCAAACCUUCAGUUGGCCUUGAACUGUCUGUAGCAGRCGUGUAUAUCGACAUGAGUGGAGAUUGGCAUUAUCGCAGAGACCACUGGCCUCACAUCAAGGACAAAGGACACUUUAGCUUGAAAGCCAAUGGUAUUUCUUUUAAUGAGUUAGUCAAGAUUGGAGCCAACUCUAAAGGACACCCARCUAUCGCACCGGCAGGAUGCUCUGCAAUUGUUGGAGGAGUUGAUGUUCAUUUUUCUGGUGGUGCAAGCUGGCUGUACAAUUUGUUUUCUAGACAGAUUGAACAUUCCAUGAAACGUUCACUCCAAUCAGAGAUGUGCAAGGCUGCUAAUUCUGCCAUCACAGACCAAGGAGCGAAGUCGUUUGCAAGAUUUCCGGUUAAGAAAAAACUGGACAAGUACACCUUUAUUGACUACUCUCUCAUAAGCAGUCCAAACACGACUGUCUCUUUCAUCGAUGUUUUACUCAAGGGCGAAUUUGAAUCUGUGGCCCAUCCAAGUGAAGCACCCUUCUCACCGGAACCCCUUCCAAUAGACUCUGAAUCAAGUAGCAUGGUGUAUGGAUGGAUCACUGACUACAUGUUUAACACAGCCGGCUUUGCUUACAUGAGGGCUGGGUUCUUGAACCACACAUUUACUCCUGAUGACUUUCCAAAGAAUUCUACCUAUAACCUCAACACCAAGACAUUCAAGAAACUAAUCCCACCGCUGUAUGAAAAAUACCCUAACCGACCGAUGAAACUCAAAGUCUAUGCCACAAAGAUCCCCAACGUCACUUCGGAAACGUCUGGAAUCAGUUUGUUGAGUGAGUGUAAUAUAGAGAUGUACGUUGACUUGGCCAAUGGUUCUUCUGUUUAUACACUUACCCUUGGUCUGACAAUACAAGUUACAUUACAGCUCAACUUUAAACAAACGAACCUUACAGUACAUUCAACAUUUUUGAGACUGAAGGCAAUUCUCGUUCGUUCUGCGAUUGGUGACAUCAAGAGAUACGUCCAAGGGCUUCAGUUUUUCCUUGACUUCAUCGUGAAUGGCAAGAUCAUGCAGAAAAUCAACGAGCGCGGAGGAAAAGGGUUUCCUUUGCCCCUUAAUAAUGGAAUGAAGCUCGUUAACCCUCGUAUUCGUAGUGGAAAGUCUUUCAUAUUGGUGUCAAGUGACGUGAGUUACACACCGAGGGAGGACUCACUUAAAGACGAGGAAAAGAUAAACUACUAUGGAAGCCGAAAAAUUCCUAUUGUUUAAACGAACUAAAAAAUAACACCUUUUGUCGCAGAUGCAUGCUUUUUUAAAACUUUUCCUUUAACAAAAAAUGCAGCAAAGUUUGCGAGAAAAAAAACUUWUAUAUAUAUAUUAAUACAGUCGAGUCCAGCUUCUUGUACAAGUGCUUUAUACGGUCUAACUUUUUGCCCGGUUUUAUGCAUUUAUUCUAAAACAACUCUCUCAAUACUGACAACUUGUUAUUGCAUACAUUUCUUUUUUUAACCUGUGAUAUUCAUUUACAAUAAAAUAAAAAUACCGUAAA